CCCAGAAUCUUCUUCCUCCACCUCAACCGCACCCGCCGCCUCACCCCUGCUGCCGACUCUCCUCACCCGCGUCCCUCGUCUAGCCCCGCGUUCCUCUCUUCCGUAAUUCCCGCCCGCGCGCGAGCAUCUAUGGCGGUGUCAGCGGCGCAGCGCGUGGUGUCGCUUUUGCCGGCGGCGACGGAGGCGGUGUGUCUGGUGGGCGGGAAGGACCUGCUAGUGGCGCGCAGCCACAGCGACGACUUCCCGCCAGAGCUCGCGCUGCUGCCGGCCGUUACUGCCGCGCGCGUCACGCUCGGCAGCUCGAAAGACAUCGACGACCAGGUGAACAGCCUCGUGGCAUCAGCUCAGGAACUCUAUGAGCUGAAGCGGGACAUUCUACAGCGAGUCAAGCCCAGCGUGAUUAUAACGCAGGGGCUGUGCACCGUGUGUGCAAUCAGUGACGACACUGUGCGGGCGGCAGCCAAGGAGCUGGAGCCGAGGCCGGAGGUGGUGAGUCUGUCGCCCAUGUCUCUGGAGGACAUUCUGAGCGACAUUGAGAGGGUCGGCGCCUCCAUUGGCCUGGAGCAAGCAGCGAAGGGGGCAGUGGCAGGGCUGAGAGCGCGGGUGGCAGCAGCAGCAGCCAGAGGAGCAGCAGUGGUGGAGAAGGCAGGGGGGGUGAGGCCGCGGGUAUUGUUCAUGGAGUGGACGGAGCCCAUAUUCAUGGGCGGCCAUUGGACGCCGCAGCUCAUUCACAUGGCAGGGGGGCAGCAUCCCCUCAACCCACCAGACCAACCGUCAGGUGCUGCAAAACCCUCCUUCCGCAUACCACCAGAGGAGGUUGUUAAAAUGGAUCCAGAUCUUAUUAUAGUGUGCCCAUGCGGCUUUGAUAUCCCAACCACCCUGACUGAGCUCAAGUCUGUGGUGCAAUGUGACUGGUGGAAGGGCCUGAGAGCGGUGCAGCAGGGCAAGGUGGUGCUGGUGGAUGGGAAUCAGAUGUUCAACCGGUCAGGGCCUCGUGUGGUGGAUGCUCUUGAGUGGCUUGUGGUCCUCUUUGAGGGGCAUCCAGAAGCAGGCCCCAAAGAUUUCCCAUGGCAGUGGUGGAAGCCAGAGGAAGGACAGUGAUGCUCAUGGCUGGAAGGUAGGAGCAUGUGGCAGGGUUCUGGUUGUUGCAUAGCACGGUAGAAUUCCGUUUCACUCUCCAGUGGUUACGUUGCGUUGCAACUAGCAGGAUAUCUGCAUCUCAGUUGGAAAUUGUGUAGAAUGUUGUGUUAGAAUACUAGAAAAAAAAAUGAAAUAAGGGAGAAACAAGAGACAUAGUGUUGGGGUUGAACCCAUUCAGAACAUACACUUAU